AGAGUUUCAAGUCGUGUGAGAAGUGAAAGUGAGGAGAGAAGCGCCACUCCGUCACGCUUUCUCUCUCAUCUCUCUCUGUCUCUCUCACUGCAAUUCCUGUUGGCGAAUUGAACUCACAACGCAAGUCGGAUCUUAUCACUAUUUAUUGAUUUUGCAAUCAAAUUCAUUCCUUUUUUCUGUGAGAAAUGGAAAGCGCGUCAGAGCUUGUGGAAUUUCCAUUGUUGUUGACACCAAUUGAUUCUCACUACAGAGCAUGCACCAUUCCCUACAGAUUCCCCUCCGAUAACCCCCGCAAGCCCACUCCCACCGAAAUCUCUUGGAUUGAUCUCUUCCUCAACUCCAUCCCCUCUUUCAAGAGGCGUGCAGAGAGUGAUACUUCAGUUCCUGACGCGGCUGCCAAAGCUGAAAAGUUUGCUCAAAGAUAUGCUGACAUACUUGAAGAUUUGAAGAAAGAUCCUGAAAGUCAUGGUGGGCCUCCUGAUUGCAUUCUUCUUUGCCGACUUCGUGAGCAAGUGCUCCGAGAAUUAGGAUUCAGAGAUAUAUUCAAAAAAGUCAAGGAUGAAGAAAAUGCAAAAGCCAUCUCACUUUUUGAGAAUGUUGUUCAACUUAAUGAUGCCAUUGAAGAUGAAGGCAAGCGACUCGAGAAUCUAGUCAGAGGAAUUUUUGCUGGAAACAUAUUUGAUCUUGGUUCUGCACAGCUUGCAGAGGUUUUCUCUAAGGAUGGAAUGUCCUUUUUGGCUAGUUGCCAAAAUCUGGUUCCUCGACCAUGGGUUAUUGAUGAUCUUGACACUUUUAAAAUGAAAUGGAACAGGAAGCCAUGGAAGAAGGUUAUCAUAUUUGUUGAUAACUCUGGUGCAGAUAUCAUUUUGGGUAUCAUGCCAUUUGCAAGAGAGCUACUUCGGCGUGGGAGUCAGGUUGUAUUGGCUGCUAAUGAGUUACCAUCUAUCAAUGAUGUGACUUGUUCUGAGCUAGUUGAAAUUAUAUCAAAGUUAAAGGAUGAACAAGAUCAACUUGUGGGUGUCAGUACUUCAAAUCUUUUAAUUGCUAACUCUGGCAACGAUUUACCUGUUAUUGAUCUUACAAGAGUGUCACAGGAGCUUGCUUACCUUGCCAGUGAUGCAGAUCUUGUCAUCUUAGAAGGGAUGGGCCGUGGAAUAGAAACAAAUCUCUAUGCUCAGUUUAAAUGUGAUUCCCUGAAGAUUGGAAUGGUCAAACAUCCUGAGGUUGCACAAUUUCUUGGUGGACGUUUAUAUGACUGCGUAUUCAAAUACAAUGAAGUUUCAUCUUAACAAGCCUUAUUCUUUUCUCUACUAAUGCUGCACAACCUGCAUAUUUUUUACCAUUGAUAUGCCUUUAGUUUGGUACUUUUUAGAACGUCAAUUCAGUGUUAUAAAGGUGAUAUGACCGAACCAUCUUACUUGUAAUAAAGAACGAUUCUACAUACAUGCAGUUAGAAAAAUGUUAACAGCAUACUAUUUCAUACAUUUUUAUUUCUUAUCA